GACAGGCGUCCAGGCGGUUGGCAGCCCAGCCACCGUGUUGCUACAUUAGCAGCAGUGGGAGGACGCAGACCCAGACCGUAGGAGUUGGACUUUCCACGCUGGGCAGUGAGCAUGAGGAAAGAAGUGGUGCUGGUGUUGACGUUAUUCGGGUUGUUGGCAGCAAGGUCUCAGCCCCUGGAAGCAGGCGCCACCAAAGAACAUGCCAACCCAGAAAGCCAGAAAUGUCCCAGUCCGUGUGCUUGCAGUUGUGAUGACUGCAAUGAGGAACUGAACGUCUACUGCAGUGUUCGGAAUCUCACCAGCCUGCCUGAAGAGGUGCCCAGAGGCGUGAGGAUGUUGUGGCUGGAUGGAAACAAUUUCACUUCCUUGCCAGCUCUUGCCUUCAGAAAUCUCUCCAGCCUGGAGUUUCUCAACCUUCAAGGCAGCCAACUGUCCAGUAUAGAACAGCACGCCUUCCAUGGCUUGGAAGGGUUGGACAUCUUGCUCCUUGAACGCAACCAGCUGAAGUUGUUGACACCCAACAUCUUCCUCCACCUGCAGAACUUGGCCUCCCUGCGUCUCAACAACAACCAGUUUAGCAAGCUGGAAGAGGGUGUAUUUGCUGGGCUUUCCAAUCUAUGGCAUUUGAACCUUGGAUGGAACUCCUUGGUGGUCCUACCAGACAAAGUCUUUCAUGACCUCCCUAACCUGAGGGACCUUGUCCUGGCUGGGAACAAGCUGCACUAUCUCCAGCAUCAGCUGUUCUACAGCCUCAGUGAGCUGAGAGAGCUGGACCUGAGUGGGAAUUCACUCAAGGGCAUUAAAGGAAACAUUUUCACAAAGCUUCAUAAGCUGCAGAAGCUGUACCUGAACCAGAACCAAAUCAACGCCAUUGCCCCACGGGCCUUUGUAGGCAUGAAGUCUCUGCGAUGGUUAGAUCUGUCCCACAACCGUCUCACCACCCUGUUUGAAGACACAUUCUUGGGUCUUUCGAGCCUCCAUGUAUUACGCCUGACCAGCAAUUUGAUAGCGAGCCUGAGGCCAAGAACCUUCAAGGACCUCCAAUUUCUGGAGGAGCUACAGCUAGGGAGCAACAGGCUCCGAAGCUUGCCAGAAAAGGGGUUUGACAAGCUGAGCCAACUGGAGGUCCUUACUCUGAAUGAAAACCAGAUUCAGGAGAUCAGGCCUGGGGCGUUCCUUGGGCUUUCUAACGUUGCUGUGAUGAACCUUUCUGGGAACUGCCUCAAGACUAUUCCGGAUUUCACAUUCCGGGGCCUGAGCCAGCUGCACAGCCUCCACCUGGAAAACAGCUGCCUCAGCCGGAUCAGGCCCCAGAUGUUUUCUGAUCUUUCCAGUCUGCGGCGGCUUUUCUUGCAGCAUAAUAUGAUCUCUGAGAUAGAGGAACAUGGCCUGAGUGACCUGCAUGAGCUCCUCGACUUGGACCUCAAGCACAAUCACUUGAGAAGACUUUCUGCAAAUCAGUUCAUAGGCCUCCGGAACCUUGAGUAUCUUCUCCUGGCUUCCAACCAGUUGCUGGAGAUCUCUCCUGAAGCCUUCGCCCCACUCCUGCGCCUCUCCUGGCUUGACCUCUCUAACAACUGCCUGGAGGUGCUGGAUGGCAAUGUCCUUGCGUCCUUUUCCAAACUGGGAUAUCUGAGUGUCAGGAACAAUUCGCUGAGGGCUUUCUCAAUGGGUUGGCUUGGGCCGUCUCCCACACUCGCCCAGCUGUGGCUGGAGGGGAACCCGUGGCAGUGCGACUGCAGCCUCAGGGACCUGCGGGAAUUCGCCUUGCAGUACCCCAGUGUGGUCUUGCGGUACACACAGUCCAUCACAGAAGGGGACGCCCCUGUGUAUACGUACAACAACAUCACUUGCGUCAGCCCUGGAGAGGUGGCAGGACUUGACCUGCGGGACCUUGAAGGAGGCCAUUUUGCCAACUGCUAAUCGUGGGUCUUCUGCCUGCUUUCUGCAACGCUGGCAUGCUAUCCCAGAUCUUGUGAACUAACGAAAUCCAUCUAUCGCCAUGAAAUUCCAACUCCCCUUCUUCCUUUGAUAAGGGUCUGAUUUAAAGAGAUAUCUUCAAGAGCGUACAUGUGUGUUGCCCAAGCCUUCUCUUUGGGUAUUCAACCUCAUCAACUACCCCGACCCUCCUGCUUUGCACUCUCCAAGGGUUGAAGACCCAACUACUGGAACGGGGGUGUUGGACCUUAGCCUCCAGCCCCACCUGCUAUGGGAAGGCAGUCCCUGAGAGCGCACUGGUUUGUCAGACGUGUGUGGAAGAGCUUUUUUUGGUUGUUUCCCCGAACUAUGGAAUGCAUACCCUGAAGAACUUAUGACUGACUUCCAAUUUCCUAACCUUUAGAAGGGGUAUGGAGAGGCGUCUUUCCAGUUAGCAUUUUGAAAGAGGUAGCUGUAAUGUUUUGCUUUUAAUGUUUUGUUAUUGUAAUCGUUUUUAAUGUGUGCUUUGUACAUUGCCUUGAUGGCCUUUUAAUAGGUAAGGAGGUAUCUACAAUUCAAUAAUAAAUAAUUCCUCAAAACCGAA